AUGGCGGGUCAGGUUCGAGUGCUUCAACUCGAAGCUGGACAAGAGUUGGAAACAAAACUAUUCAGAAUCGAGAAAGGUGAGUUUCUGGUGCUUUACAAAUCACUUAUGCCGGGGAGCGUUCAAAAACUGUUCGAAAAUUUGUAUCUAUGUUUCAGAGUGGGGUGACAGCAAAUUUACGUAGGCGCAAAACUUACAUUUCUAACCAGCUGAUUUCUCAGUUUCUCAUGUUUUCUUAGAAAAACUGGGCCGAAAAACUGCAUUUGCACAAGUUGUAGCAUGUUCAUGUUAUAUUUUCGCAAUCGCAAUUUUUUGCUCUUUAUAAAGGGCGAAAAUUUGAAAAUUUAUUAUUGUGAUCGAAGUUCCCGGUGAAAUUUCCACAUCAAGGGUUAUGUUACACCCUGAUAAGCAAACACACACUAGAAAAAUUGGGACGAAUGCAGGCGGAUUUGCCUCUAAUCUUGUCUUUUAUACAGUUUGAUUUAAGAAAGCUCUUGAAAGGAUUUAUUUUCACGAUUUCGAUUGGAUGGUCUCAGACAAACAUUGGAUAUAAACAUAUUUAUCGGCUUUUAAAUUAUGUAAGUUUAGUGAGAGGCCUGAUAUUGGUUGCCUUUUCCAAUGCUUCCAAUUUAUUCAAUUUUGCACCGCAUGUUUUAUGCAGUAGGAAGCUUCUAUGGAUUUUUUGUGUUUUAUUUUAUGACUGAAGUAAGUAAAUUUACUCCAACUGAUUUUUAUAUCAUUUGUGUACAAUUUACCGGGAAGUAAACUUUUUGCUAUUAACCAGUGAAUGUGCAAGCAGAAUUGUAAACACCUCACCAGAUGCGUGACACGAAUGAUAUUGAUUUGGAUCGAUACAAGGUCCAAUUGAUUUUUUCACGUACAACUGUGCCAAAUAUGUAUCCAAAGCUGUGAAUGAAUGAAUCUAACUAGUUUAGCGGGCAGGAUCAGAGCUUUCUUUCAAAAUCAAGAAAUAUUCAACUGCAUUCUUAAUUGAACUUGCAAGGAAUUAAUGUGACUUUCAUCCUCAGUUUACCUGUAUACAGGAAAAUUUGACUCAAACAAAAUCUAAUAAUCAUGGACAGUUGAAAAAAAAGGGGUUCUUUGGCAACUGUUGGUCUCAUGGCCACCAAUUUGUAAAUGCAUUGCUGGAGUAGGAGAAACAUUACAGUAGUUUGAAAGUUAAGAAAAAUAUAAACCAUCAGCACUAUUAGCCUGAUAUUUUGCAUGAUCACAUAUUUUAGGUCACUUUUUUCUUUCUGGGAAAACAAUCUAUUUUUAAAGUGGCUAAAUCACUGUGUUUAUGAAAAGUAACUCAUUUAGCAAACUGCCAACUUGGUAGGGUUAUUUUUUAAAUUUUUUUACCUGUACAAUUAUGUAUUUUAACAGCUUUGUAAUGUUCAAUAGCUAAGUUCUUAACCCUUAACACCCUAACAUCAGUAUGUAUAUUUGUCAUACUGUUCUCCAUGUCAUUCCUGAGGUGCUGACAAGGAGAAUUUAAUUCAUAAUCAGGAACAUCUGUAGUUGUUGAUCAUUUCCAUUAUUCUCAUGACCUCUUUGUUUGAGUUAGGUGUGAUACUGUAAGGAGAAAUGAGAUGCUUGUCUCUCUUAGGGGUGAAAAGGCUAACUGUUUCUUUUUCUUUUAAGGAUGGACUUUACGCUUCACCUUGGGUCCUUCACUACAACCUUACAAUGUUCACUUACUUUGCAACCACCCGCCAUCCAAUCAGCAGUCAUUUGAUAGAAAAAAUUACACAGAGUUGGCAUGGACAUGCCCACCUGGACAAGAAUGUGACGAUGCUGAUAGAUUUGCAGAUAUUAUAGCACAUACUGCAGGAUCAUUUCAUUUCUAUGUCACUUACCAGAAUGGUGAAAACAGAGGAAAAGAGUAAGAAAGCUUGUCUUGCCUUAAUCCUUUCACUCCCAAGAUCUCAUUAGCAAUUCUCUUUACUGUCUGGUAUUCUUAUUUUGUUAGUUUGAAGAACUUGGUAUUGGAUCAACUAAUAAUCCCCUAAUUGAUAUUUUUCUCAACUCUCAUCAUUUGCCUGCUUGAUUUUGUAUCAAUAUUGUAAGGAGAAAUCCUAUCUUGGUCUCUGAUGGGAAUCAAAGGGUUGAGUUGGGAUGGCUAAGUCUUAACCCUGUAACAUCAAAUUGGAAAUUUUCCUUUUCUGUCACUCUAUUUUUUUUGAUAGAAAUUUAGUCAAGAAAAUUAGGUUUAACUUGUAAAUCAGGAUAAUGCCCUUCAUCUGAUAGGUUUGUCAAUUCUCAUCACUUUUUGAGUUGGUAGUAUAUUAAGAUUGAGAAGAGAAGUCACCUGUUGAUCACUUCUAAGAGUUAGUAGGAUCAAGUCAGGUUGGAGUUUCUAGAUAGGGGAGGGGGGGGGUUACUUAAAAUCUGGAUAGGGUGGCUCUGAUAUGAGACAUUUCAACACUGAUCUCAUUCAAACAAGAAUUUCCAGUUUAAAACGAGGCAUUUGUGGCCACUCUCACUCACUUGAUCAGUUAUUAAUCAGCUGUCAAAGUUUUAACCAAUGAUAAACAACCUGGUGUGCUGUUUCUCUCAAUUAUUAUUUUUUUAAGAACUCAAAAUGUUCUUUUAGACACAAUUUUUGGGAAUUUGUUUUUCUAUGUAACUGAAUAUUGUGCUUUCAAUAAUUUACAAGUGGAAUUGAUUUCCAUUACCGCAUAUUUGGCUGUCAUGUCAUUAUGCAUUAAACUUUACCUUGCGUCUUUUUAUUUUGUUUCUGAUUUAGAGAGAGAAGGACAACCUCAGGCUAUUUUUCAGUGGAUCCAGUUUUAAAAGUGAACAGUUCAGAAACUAUCCCAUUAGAGUGUGUAAGCUUACAGACUGUGCUGUCUAAGAGUUUAGGACCCUUGGAGGAGUGGAGCGAUCGACUUAGGGUUAGUACCCAGUAUGUGCAGUGAAUUUUGUAGUACACAAGACCCCAGGUUGUUCAAAGCACAAUUAAGCUAACCAAGGGUUAGCCAACAAUUUCGGUUUAGUUUUGUAGCUUUGCUGACAGUUUUGAUUGUUUAAAUUUUUUCCUUCAAUUUCUUCUUAUGUGAAGGUAAAAGCCCCUCAAAAUGCAGGCCCUAAUGAGCGCUUUAUUUCAAGAACAAGUUAAACAACUGCACCUCAAGAACUGAGGAUCAACUUUUCCCUGGGUAAUUCCCUGGGCAGGUCAUUGAAAUGUGUUCUAUAGCAAGUUACUACCUAUACUUUCAAGUUUUGUUGAUGUCUCCCCUUGGGAGACACAUUGUCUCCUUUAGGAAGCACAUUGAAGUGUGAUGGAGUAACAUUCCAUUCCUCCAUUCAGGGGGAGAAGAAAUCAAUGAACUCCCUUUAUAUUUUACCACAAUAUAAUAAGUAAUACUUAUAUUUAUACAUAUUUUGAUAUUAGAUACUUUGUUCAACUGAAGUAUUUUCUAUAACUUGCUUUGAUCUCUCAGGUAACCAAAGAAACUGGUUACAAUAUGAUUCACUUUACGCCGAUACAACAACUGGGAAAGUCAAACUCUUCAUACUCUGUGUUAGAUCAGCUCAGCGUCAAUGCUGCUUUUCAUUCACCUGGGAGAAAAAAUGCUUCCUUUGAUGGAGUUAAGGUACAUGAAUUUGAAAUAAAUUAUACAGCAAUUCAUGAAUUAUUAACACUUAUUUGAGUAAUAUCAUAGAUAAAAAAAAUCAUACUGGUGAUUUUUUUAGACUAAUUAGUCAUGACUGAUUCAUUAACCCUUUAACUCCUAUGAGUGACCAAGACAGAAUUUCUCCUUACAAUGUCAAUACAAUAUUAACCAGAUAAGUGAUGAGAAUAAAGAAAAAUAUCAAUUUGGGGAUAAAUUAAUUUAGUAGGUGCAAUACUAAAUUCUCUGAACUAUCAUUAUUUGAUAAGAAUUGUCUGGUUAACAAUAAGGAAAAUUAAAAAUUUGAUCUGGGUGUUGAAGGGUUAACUAAAGAUAAUGAUAGUUACUAAGUUAGUAUUUGUAAUAACUGAUCUUCAGUUCAUUUAAUUGUACUGUUUGAAAAAGGUGAUUCAAAAAACAAUUUUAAGACCCAAUCAUAUCCACAACUCUAAGCUUGACUUGUUAACCCCUUCACUCCAAAGAUCUGAGUGCUAAUUCUCCUAACCUGUGAUAAUACUGACUGUUGUUGCAUAUUACUGAGAAUUUAGAGUACUAUCAAGACAAUUCCCUUGCUGAUAAUUUUCUUAAUUUUCAUGAACUAUCUUAUUGUCAUUGUAAGGAGAAUUUACUUGUUGGUCACUCCUCGCAAUAAAAGGGUUAAAAAGGUGCCAUUUCAUGACCAUAUGUUAACAAUUUGAUGCGCUGAUAUUUUUUUAUAAACUUUUCUCUUAGGAUAUCCUUGACAAGAUGCGUAGUGAGUGGAAAGUGAUGUCUAUUGUGGAUGUAGUUCUGAAUCACACAGCUAACAACUCUCCUUGGUUAUGGGAUCAUCCAGAAUGCUCUUACAACUUGGACAACUCUCCUCAUCUCAAACCUGCAUUUUUAUUGGAUCGUGCCUUGUGGCAUUUCACCUGUCAAGUAGCUGAUGGGCAAUGGGCUGCAGAUGGUUUACCUGCAGAAGUGAACUGUGAAUACCAUAUACAUAGAAUAGGUGAUAUAUUGAGGUAAGUUUUGGGAGUUUUCUGUCUUUAAGCCCUUUAACUCUCAGAUGUGAUCAACAUGUAACUUCUCCCUGUAAUAUCCAUACAUCAUCUAGCAAAUAGGUAAUGAGAAUUAACUCAAAUUAGGUAAUGAGAAUAUUCAUUAUCAGGUAGAAGUUGUUAUCUUGGUCUAACACCAAAUUCUUGUAACUAAUUUACAAGGAAAUGUGUGGCAGCUAGAGAAUUGACAAUUAGUUCUUGGGAGUUGAUUAAAAGUGUUCACUCUGAAAUGGUCCUUUCUUCUCAGUUACAUGUACUCCUUCUCAAUAAAUCAACUGAGAAAACGCGGUUUCAUAUUGCAAUAGUAUCCUCUAGUUGAUAGUUGAUGAGGUUGUCAAAUCUCAUCACCUGUUUGCUGGUGCAAACAUCGAAUUAUUAGGAGAAGUACAGUACAUUGAAACCUUUCAAUCAUUUUUAUGAGUUGAUAGUUAUUAAAAAAUUAUAAUAAUCCUAUUUUCGUGAGCAUAGAUAAAUUAUUUACAAGUACCAAGAAAUUACAGAACGGAUAUAUACCAAGAUUUUGUUACCAAUUUAGAUAUUGAUUUAUUUAAUAAGUUAUUUUUUUUUAAUGUCAGGCACCAAGUCUUGCCAAAACUACGGCUAUGGGAGUUGUUUGGUGUGGAUGUUGCAAAGGCAGUUGAUCAGUUCCGUACAGCCAUGCUGAAGGUCAAAAAACCAGGGAGUGGCUCUUUAAAACAUGACGAGGAGCCACUUGAACUAACAGUAGGUCCAUCAUACGAACGCUUUUCAGCAACUGUUGAUAUGGUAAAGGCUGUUGCAAAGUUUAACAGAGAACGGUAAAUACAUUCUCUUUGUUUUAAUUUUCUAAUGUAAUACUUAAAUUCACUUAUGGCUAUAUCACUACUAGCUUAAAUAAUUACUUCAUACAGCUCCCACAAUUGAUAUUACACCUUGACUGCCAUGCUAAAUCACAUUUGAUCUAAUGUUGUGAUAUAUGCAUGUUCAGAUAAUUUUUGUUUUUAGUUCACCCACUGGUAUUCAGCAUCAUAAUAUCCAUACUAACAGUAGUUGCAUGUGUUUAAAUUCAUCAUAACAUACUUGAAAUGGAACCCAUUAAAUAUAAUCACUGUUAGAACAUAAUAAUUCUGUCUCAUAGGUUGAUAAACUUCAAACUGUCUCUAAAGACAAAUUGAUUGAAAAUGAGUAGUGUAUCUCUCUUUAUUUUUAAAAUUUUUAUUUCAUCUUAUCUUUCAUAAAUUUCCAUCAUAAAAUUUCUUUAAAUUAAACAACAGCAAACUUGGUUGUUAUAGAAACCUGAUUGUUGGAAUUAAGGCUUUCCCUUUUCAGGCAUUUAAAUUGAUUGUACUUUGUUACCUCUUAAGUUCUGAUGCUUUGGAUGAGAAAGGACGGCUUCAAUUAUGUUGUGAGGACUUUAAAGCACAUCUCAAUAACCUCAAUGACAAUGUCAAGAACAGAGAAGUCGCUGAUCAUAUUGAAUCUGCCAUCCAAAGUGUUCAGAAUACAGUGCGGUAUGAACGUCUGAAUGGGGAUGGCCCAAGACAUCCAAGAGUCACAAGAACAUGUCCUUUAGUAACAAGGUAAGGAGACAUUUCUAGGAAUUUCUAGAUUUGUUAUUUAAUCCUUUACACUCUAACAUCAGUAUGCAUAUUCUCCAUACUGUUCUCUAAACAUUUCCUAUGCUGCUGACAAGGAGAAUUUGUAGGGAGCUUAACAUGAAGGACUCUGGAUCAAGAGGUCAAACUCUGUUUUUUGUGUGGAACACUUUGUUCUCACAGUGCUUAAGCAUCUAAGAAAAAUUCACCUGUGGGUGGGUAUUGGGGAACUUUUGGGGAAUCUUGAUGAAAUGCUAUUGGGUUAUUUUGAUAGAUGGACCAGUGUCCCAACCAUGAAGAUAUAUAGUUGUGUUAUUUACUAGGAGGAGGUCCAUGAGGAAUUUGAACUGUGCUCUAUGUCUUGGGUACAGCCUGAGGCCCAAGGCUGAGUGCUGUUGUCAAGUUUAAUGGCACAGUUUUUUUUUGCCCAUUGCAAUCAACCUAAGUUAUUUCAGCUAAUUUGCUUUUAUGCUAUGCUGUCAAUGGCAUGGAAAAAAUUCUGAACCAUGGUUUGUAUUGUUGAAUUCUGGAACGGUUACAAGAGCACAAUUAGCCAUUAAGACACAAGGAGUCAAGAUUCCUUAUGCUCCCAGUCACUUCAUGAAGUGGAAACCCAAGUUUUUGUAAUGAUGAACUUCUGGGCUUUCAAAAGUUAAGUCUGACCUUGGAUGCUUGAGUUUAAAUUAUUUAUUAAGCAUUUGUGUCUAUGCUAAAAUAUACAACCUGUAGAGGCAAAAGGAAAAUACCUACUGGUGCAAUGAGCACAGCUGACAAUGAUGAUGUAAAAAGUUGUUGAGUAAAACCUUAGUCUGUGGUGAUCUUGUGUUCUUCAUUACCAGGUAUUUCACUACGCCUGGCGACUGUGAUACAGUAGAAGAAGAGGAGAAGCUCAUGUAUUCGAACAAGGCAAAGUUUUGCAUGGCACAUCCAGGAUGGAUAUGGGGUGGUGACCCUCUAAGGGACUUUGCUGCCCCAGGAUCAUUUGUCUAUUUCCGCCGUGAAGUAAUUGCAUGGGGUGACAGUGUUAAACUUCGAUAUGGUAAAGGGCCAGAGGACGUACCAUUUCUUUGGGAUUUCAUGUUGAAGUAUGUGAAGAUUUGUGCAAGGUGAGAUAAUGGCCAGAAUAUCUUUUAGUCUCCUCUUUAGUUUUCUUUCCACCAAAAAAAUUGCUACAGCAAGUGUAAGUCCGUGGAAAAAACCAUCGACAGAAGCCGUAAACAACUGCUAAAUAGAAAACCUAAUUUCACCUGCAAUGUCCAGAUUAUCGGCUAUAACUGAUCUGUUUUUGCGUAUCGAUAUGAUGCUUUAAUUAGCAAUUGAAAUAACUUCCACAGUAACAACUCAAGACUAUUCUUUGUUUUUAUAGCACAAUGGCCGCUUAAAUUUUGCGGGCAAUGACCUCUUUCUCAGCCAGUGCCUAGUGAAAUCUGCAGGUCCAGUAACCAUGCUUUAAAUGUUUAUAUCUCUGACAAUUGCUCUGUAUUUUAGGGUAUUUGAUGGCAUUCGCCUUGAUAAUUGUCACAGCACUCCACUUCAUGUGGCAGAGGUUAGUAGAACAUAUUUUAAACCAUUAAAUAAAACUGUAUAGAGAGACAUAAAGUAAUUCCAAACCUCUUCCCUAAAACUGUUGUGAACUGAGUCGGUGCAUCCAGACCAGUCGUGUUGAGAAAGAAUGGAUAAAUGUUUCUCUUAAAAUGUUAAAUUUUAAUUGCAGUACUUUGUAGAUGCAGCAAGGCGAGUGGAACCUGACCUUUAUGUUACAGCAGAAUUGUUCACUGGUUCUGAAGCUACGGACAAUAUUUUUGUGAACCGACUAGGAAUUACAUCUCUUAUAAGAGGUAAGAACCCUUUGACUACUAUAAUUCAACAGCGUCUAAUUUCUCCUUACUAAAUCACCCCACAAUCAAAUCUCAAAGAGGGGAAUAUUGGGAUUUUCGCUUUUGCGGUUUUGGUUAUCUUUUAGAUCAGUUUUUCGGUUUUUGUGUCAAUAAAAGUUCGGUUUUGUGGUUUUGGUUUUUAUUGCGGUUGGCGAAUUUUUCGGUUUUUAGCAUUUGGUCUUCGGUUUUUGUCAAAAAUACUGUUGGGCUUUCGGAUUUGGUAUCCUAUGUGGUUUUCGGUUUUUCCUUUUUGGGUUUCGCAGUUCCUCUUCCUUCUGAGCGGCAAUUUUCACCUCCACGCAACGCAAGGCAUAGCCGCGAAACCCUUUUUUGCUCCGCUUGUCACCUCUGCAUCGGAUCGAUUAGGGUUUUGAUAACUAGGAUGUGAAAAUUUAUCAGCUUUGACGGUUUUGCAUGUGGUUUUCGGUUUUGAUCGAAUCUUUUUACGGCUCUGGAUGAUUUUUUUCCCUUGGUUUUGCGGUUUCUGAUAGACCCCAGAGCUCCCCUCGUUAAGUUCUCGAGAAUAAAGGAAAUGAUCACCCAAAGAAACUCUCGAUUGUUAAACAUAUUCUCCUUGUCAGCACCUUACGAAAUGUAUAGAGAACAGUAAAGAGAAUAUUCAUAUUGGUGUUAGGGUGUAAAGGGAGAAAAUACUUGUAGAUAAGGUCACCAAACUGAAAACAUUUGGAAGAUAAAAUAAUCGAUAUUGGUGACUGUAACGAAACUUGGUUUACAGUAGCUGUUUCUUAAGCAUCUUCUCCACUACAAAAUAUCUGUUCUCAUUCUGAAUUCUCGUUGUUUAAUCUUGAACGUUUUGGUUCGUUUAUCUCCCAAACAGAAGCUCUAAAUGCUCCUGACCCACAUGAAGAAGGCAGGCUGAUUCACCUCUAUGGGGGUGAAACUGUUGGUGCUUUCAUGCACCCAUCAGCUGUGAAGCCUCUUGUGCCUGUCAUCGCGCAUGCUCUGUUUAUGGAUGUUACACAUGAUAAUCCUUCUCCAUUUCAGGUACAUGAAGAGAAUUUAUUAAGUAUAUCUCCCUGUAGGAGUAAUAUGAUAGUAAAAACUUGCUGGUCAAUUUAUUUAAACAAAUUCUGUGGUGAGAAAGUGCUUCAUUGAAGAAAUGUAAAAUGGUUUCCGUGUUUACAUAGCCUAAUGUAAACACGCGGGAGGUUGGGAGAACACGAGAUAAGCGUAGGAAACCACUCCGCUUCGUGGAACAAAACAACCCUUUCAAGCGCCAGCUGUGAAUUUGAUUAGAUAUGAAGCACAUGGAGAGUACUCAAGAAGUUAGAGUUUCUCUCAGCUACGCCUAAAGUAACGACUUUAUUUGAUUACUGGUAAGCACCCUGAGGGCUUAUUUGACGUUUGGACCUGAGAGAGUGCUUAUUCGAAGGUGGGCACUUAUUCAAAAUAAUUGUCAUAAAAUAUGAGAUGUAUUGAUAGACAGUGAAUUUAGGCACCCACCUACAGGGUGAGUGCUUAUUCAAGGUUAGGUGUUCAAUCAAAUAAAUGUAUCCUGAUGAGUGCAUUCUAAUUCAGCUACAGUUAGACCAAAAUUAAUAUCUAGUGGAGUCGAUGGUGAAGAAAGUAGAGUACUCUGUAAGCUUUUGUAUGAGUAUCCAAGGGUGUUUUAUCACUUAUGGUAAAACAUUAUAUCUGUGAACUUUUCUUUUACUUAUUUUCCUUAAAAAGCAUUGAAAGAAAAUUGUAUUAUUUGUGAAAUGAUAUAGCUAUUGUUUUUUCUCAGGUGCGAUCAGUUUAUGACUCAAUUGCCAGUUCAGCUUUAGUAUCAAUGGCUUGUUGUGCCACGGGUAGUUCCAGAGGAUACGACGAACUGGUGCCGCAUCAUGUAAGUUAAACUCGCUCUGAUGGUAGAUGCAUUUUUUUGGUGGGUUUAAAAGGGGAGAUACAGAAAGUAAAAGGAACAAAGAAAAUAUAGCAGUUAAACACUUGAGGGAUGGGUGGGUAAUGUUCAAAGAGAAGAUAAAAACAAUUUGAUUGAAGGGAGAAAGAUUUAGUCGCGUAAGAACUCAGGAGGAGGAAGAAAACGGGUGCUUGUGAUGAGAUAUAGUAUGCAAAUACUUGUUCCUUACAUGUCAUUAAGAGAUAUUCAAUCAUCCUGAAGAUAUCUUAAAAUUCAUAAUCAAAGAUUUGUUAGUUAAUUCCUGUGUGUUUAAAUUGUGUUUUAGAUCCAUGUCGUAAAAGAAGAUCGCCUGUACUUGUCUUGGCCAAAUGACAAAUCUAAACUUGAAAAAGCGGCAUUUGUGAAAGAGACUGAUGGUAUUCUCUCAGCCAAAAAAGCCAUCAAUGAACUGCACAGAUGGCUCGGUGAAGAAGGAUAUACACAGGUACAAAGUUUCCUUUGCAAAUCUUUUGUUCUUACCACAUUUUAACGUCAUCUAUGAUCUAGAACCCAACAGACGCAAGGCAACAUGGGAUCUAUUUGUUAAAUAUUUCCAUGUACCAGUUUCAACAGAAACGACAUCCUCUUGUUGUUUCUUUCUUUAUUAUUUUCCAGUAAAAAAAUUGCUUCGCGGUCUCUCUUGGGACCGUCGAAAGGUUAAUUUUAGCCUCUGUUGUAUCAAAACGUUAGAAGUAAUUAUUCUUUUUUUCCAUUGAGUGAGUUUUGAUAUUAUUUUCUAGGUGUAUGUGGACCAGAUUCACCAUGAUGUUCACGCCAUUACUAGGCACUGCCCAGACAAGAGAAAGACUGUCGUGUUAGUAGCACAUUCUGCCUUUCACCACCCCUCUGAUCAUCUUCAACCCACUAAGGACAGGCAGGAGAUUCACAUGAGUGGUAUUCCAUCACUAAACAUCCCAGGUCGGUCAUAUGGAUAAAUAACUACGAUACUAAUUAUUAUAUCAAGCGUUAUAUAUGGGAUGAUAGUUGUAAGCCAAGCUAGCUGUAGGUAUGGAAUGUUGCUUUUAUUGAGAACAGCUCAGAGAAAAUCCUAAAAUGCGCAUCCAACAUCGCAACAAAAAUGCUUCAAUGGGGUAUUUCUUUGUGUCAACCCGUGUCCAUGCUAUGUGAGGUGAGUUAUCAUACCCUGUCAGAACCAAUCAGAACCCAGGAAUGACUAGGGAUAUGCUAUGGCUAGUCUUUUUUUAAAUGCCACAUAGUCGAUGUUUAUAUUAAGCGGCGAUUGUGUACUUAUUGACUGAGUGGAAGAGCCGGACCUACGUCCACGGCCCUCAUACAGGGCAAGCAAACUGUUUCCGUAGUUAUUUUGUCUUUUUUACAGAAGUUCUUUAUUUGUUUCGGGAUGACUAUGUUUUUCGCUCGGUAGGUGAGAUCAACGAAAUCAUUUUUGAAGCCAUGUUGCUGAAGAGGCAAGAUGCAAGUGAAUUUAUUAAAGAUGCUGAAUUUAUCAAUGGACUUCAGUCACAUGAAGUGCUACUCCAGAGGCAUAAACCACUCCAUGAGGCCAAGGUAAAACUGAGAGUAGUCACUCUGACUUCCCUCAAACUAGACGCACACUAGACGCAUAUCUGCCGUGUAUUUAGGCUCCUGAAGUGGUUAAAUUCACGCACAGUUUUUUAGGUGAAAUUUUCAUAUGCAUGUGAAAUUUGCCACUUGAAGGCGUGUCAGAGGGCUUUCCGAUUGUGUGUCAUAUAAUCAAAGUAAUUACAACGGUAAGUCAGAAGAACGGAAAAUGCAGCCCAGAAGAACCAAUGAGAACUCAAAGUGAGAUCAAGCAAACUGCCUAAAGCGAAGGAAAACGCGGGAAUCUUUCGGCCGAAAGAUAACCGACAGAUUACCGACAGUCAGCCGACUGUUGGCCGACAGUUAGCCGUCUGUCGGUGGAGGGGAGCUGUUCUUCACAAUUACCGACCAAGGUGCGAUUGGUGAUAGUUUUGCACCUGAUUGGUUGAUUGAGUGUAGCGAGUUUUCUGAACCAAUCGCGGAGCGAAAUAAAGGAAGCAGGGCUUUAAAACUGACCCAAAUACGCGCAAAAACUGAAAAGAACUUAAUAAGGGUCUCAUCUAAACAAAGGCCAAUGCUUCACAAAAAGGUCUAAUUAAAGUAACGAAUACUGCUGCAUCCAAAAGUCAUCGACUUGUCGUGCUUGGAACAUUCAACCUCUCUUUUUAAUCAUACUUUAGACUUGUCGUGCUGAACAGAAAGGAAAUAACAGUUUUGAAGUAUAUUUUGAUCAUUUCGCUCCGGGAAGUGUCAUUGCAUUUGAUGUCACCAUGGAAACCAACGUCAAGAAUGCUCUCGGUCAGUUGAGGUAAGGUGCCAGACAGAGGCUAUAUAGUUAUUUGCUGCGUCAUGUCUUUUGAGCCGUUUUAGUAAUCGUUUGAUAUAUUCUGUGUUCUUCUUUCUUUUCUUCUGUUCCUUUAGACAGCUUGGAGUGGAUUUGUAUCAGAAACAGUCUGGGAGCCAGGAGAGUUACAAAAUGAUUGAUGAGUUAGACGACAUACUCGCCAAUCUGUCGCUGUCCGAUCUCAACCGAGUGUUGUACCGAGCAGAUCCCGAAGAACGAGAUGAUGGUAAUGGUGGGGGAGUGUAUGUUCUGCCUGAUACAGGACCUCUUGUUUAUUGUGGUUUACAAGGUCAGUGCAGACGUUUUCUCCAUUAAAGGAACGUUAUUGGGUUAUAUAUUGGGUUAUUGGUGGUAGAUCAAGAUAACAACUUCUACCUGAUAAGUUUGAAUAUUCUCAUAACUUGUUUGCUGGAUAAUGUAUGGAUGUUAUGGAGAGAAGUUACAUAUUAAUCACUUCUGGGAGUUAGUGGGUCAAGAGGGGUGCGGUGAGAAGAUUUGAAUGGCAUAGUUUGCUUCAGGAAAGUGUUGUAUCAGAGAUAAAGCGAGUCCUUCCACUUUUCGGGUCCUUCGACGUUUGUGCAUAGUUUUCAUCUGUUUUAUUUUUGUACUGUUUUGUACUACCCUUCGUUGCUUAAGCAGUUACAUCUAGGUAGUUUGAAAAGCCGUAAAACUCUGGAGUAAAACUUUUUCUUUCAAAUCGGCAUUUCGGGAUCAAAAAACCCUUUUCGUUUGAUUUAUUUGUUGUUGCGUUUUUCAUGUUACCAUGUACCCAACAAUAGCGUAGCUCCAUCUUUCUGUAAACAAAUCAUACACAAGACACGAUUCUCCUAUUCACCCUGACGAAGGGCUAACGUUCGAAACGUCAGCCCUUCGAAAUUCUUUAUGGCGGGCAGUUUACGUAAUCAACUCAGUUUAUAAAAGCAAAUUAUCUUUUAAUGCUCCUCACCAACGCAGCACCACAAUUUCUUUUGAAACUUACCCCUUUUUUUCUGUUGUUUGUUUAACGUCCUACAGGUGUGAUAUCAGUGCUGGCCGAUGUCCGGCCGUUUGAUGAUCUCGCUCACCCUCUGUGUAGAAAUCUGCGGGAUGGAAACUGGUUGUUGGAUUAUGUUGUGGGAAGACUUCUUCCUUUUGUUGGUACAAGACAGGUCAGUGAAUAGCAUCUAAUUUCUCCUUACAAUAUCAUCUCGAAAUUACACAUCAAGGUAAUGAGAAUUAAGGAGAUGAUCCACAACUAAAGAAGCUCUGGAUAGUUUACUAAAUUCUUCUUUUCAGCACCUUAGGAAAUGUAUAGAGAACAGUAUGGAUAAUAUACGUACUGAUGUAAGGAUAUGAGGGUUUAAGGCAAGAGCUCUGAAUUGCAGUCAACACGACUGAAUAUAGGUAACAGGUACAAAGAUUGUAAGAGCUUUUUUUCUCUAGUUGGCACUUGGCGUAAAGCUUCUAAAGACUUUGUUUUUGUUCUUGUAUAAUUACUUUAUGAUUUCCGUUGUGUUUAUACCUGUAGUUGGGUGUAUGGCUUGACAAGGUUUUCAGUCUGAUCAAGGAAUGUCCAAGAUAUCUGGUUCCAUGCUACUUUGACGCCAUUAUCACCCCUCUUUAUCUUAAACUGCUGGAUCGAGCUUGGAGCCAGAUGUCAAGGUUUGUUUUUGUUUCUUUUUCUGUGAAGUUUUUCCGGUGGGUUCGUAGAUGCUUUGAAAUUCAUCUUGUGGUAUCAUCUCUUAGAGGAGAACACGUUACCAUUCGUGUAAUUUAAAAUUUUCAUUUUUUCAGUUUUGUUCAAAAUGGCUCAUCGUUCCUCAAAGCCCUUUCACUUGGCUCGCUCCAGUUCGUUGGCCUGUCUCGGACAGCCUCGCUUCCAGCUCUGUCGCCCCAAUUGUACCAUGGUCCAUCAUCUGGGGCUGACAUGCCAACUCUGAUGUCAUUAGCGGCUGGUUUGCCUCAUUUUUCCUCUGGCUUCAUGCGCUGUUGGGGGCGAGAUACGUUUAUUGCACUUAGAGGUUUAUUACUUGUAACGGGCAGGUACCAGGAUGCCAGGUAUAUAAGUUAAGAAGCACAUGUAUCUGCUUGCUUAUAAAAUAUUAUUGAGCAGUUUUAAAUUUAAUGUCGAAAAUUACUCUGGAAUUGCCUUGAUUUUGCCAUACCUCUUUAUGCGAACGGUCCAGAAAACUCGCGCCAAUUUCUCAGCCAAUCAGAUUUUAAACUACAACCAAUCGCGACUUGGUCGCCCGAAUUUUCCCGCGCUUCGGGCAGUUGCUUGUUUUUACUUUGAAUUCUCAUUGGCUCCUUGAGAUAGUUUCUUUUUUUGUGAUUGGCUGUUGAGAUUACUUUGGUCCUGGUUUUACGACGCUCGAUCGAACUGAAAAUGAAAUACUUGUUUUCAAAGCCCUUUGCCUUCUCAAUGUUCUCUAAUUUCUUGGACUAUUGCAGACAUCAUAUCUUGGCCUUUGCUGGAUGUAUCCGCCAUGGCCUCAUUCCUAACCUGUUGGACGGUGGACGCAAACCCCGGUAUAACUGUAGGGACGCCCCAUGGUGGUGGCUCCAGUGUAUUCAGGAUUAUUGCUCCAUUGUUCCGGAUGGGCUAAAGAUCCUGUCGGAACCAGUCUCCAGGAUCUUCCCUUCGGAUUGUUCUGAUCCGCAGCCGCCAGGCAAAACCGUAAGUUAAAAUAUUUUAAACUUCCCUAAAAAACCCUCGAAAUAAUUUAGAUAAACACUAUUUAUUCGCCUGAAAAACAGUGCACGCAGCCAAAAAUCUUCUCACUCCAAUUUAAUGAUCCUUACAAUUCGCGUACGUGCGCAUUCUCGCUUGCAAUCUUGUUGAUGUCACACUGCACGUCCGUCAUAACGGAAGUAGACGUUGCCGUCCCUUUUUUUUCCAGGAUCAGCCUCUAUAUGACGUAAUACAAGAAGUUAUGCAACGCCAUUUCAACGGUAUCAGUUUCCGUGAGCGGGGAGCUGGGCCCGAGCUAGACAACCACAUGCAUGAUGCAGGGUUCAAUGUCUCUGUUGGUGUCCGCGAGAGCACUGGGUUUGUUUAUGGUGGGAGCCAGUGGAAUGCUGGGACAUGGAUGGACAAAGUUGGUGAAUCUCAUAUGGCGGGAAACUUUGGAGUGCCAGCCACUCCCAGGUAAAUAGCAUGCUCAUUGUUUAUGGGAACAGGAAACAGAGAUAUCAACCUUAAUUCAAAUACUCUACCAUUUAAGAACUGUACAGCAGACAGUCAGAUCAAGAUAAUGUCUUGCUGAUAAGUUUGAUCAUUCUCAUUUUCUGUUUGCUGGAUAAAGUAUAGAUAUUAUCGGGAGAAGUUACAUUUGAAUCACUUCCGGGAGUUAAAGGGUGAAUUGAUUUCGUGAGCCCGCUUUGAAAGCUUCUCGUUGUUUCGUGUCGUAGUCUCCAGUAAAGUCAAUUCUCGAGAGUUGAACAUCGCACAGUUCAUUCAAGUUAAGUUGAAUACUCUGUGUUUUAGGGACGGCAGCGCAGUUGAGAUAGUGGGUCUUUGCAAAUCAACUGUGCGCUGGUUAGCUGAGCUGUGUGAUCAAAAGAAGUUUCCAUAUGCGGGCGUGUCAAAACUUCAAGAUGGUAUGUUUAAUCUUCAUCACAGUGCCGAUUUAAAUGCAAAGUUCCCUGGUACAUCUAUUUGUCUAAAUUUUAAGAAAUUAAAAGGGUAUCUUUGUCAUCAACCUUGGAUGUCAUAUUGUUGAGAAGUAUUCACUUGUUACAAGGAGAAAUUAGGUGCUGUUCAUUCUUGGGAGUGAAACUGAACUUUUCUUUGAUAUUGAUUGUUGCAAGUUCAUUAGGAAAUUUAUUAGCAGAAUAGGAAUUCCAUCAUUUACAGGCGCUUCAUUUACAGGCGUAAUUUUACAUCUUUUAAGGUUUUCCCGUAGAGUUAUCUUACAAGGAGUGGAGCUUGAAGAUUCAGAAUGCAUUUGAAGAACAUUUCUGGAUACCUGAGGAUCCUAAAGAUAAAAAGCAGCAAGGUGAUGAAGACAAAUUGGUCCACAGAAGAGGAAUUUACAAAGACACUGUCGGAGCUACUCACAGAUUUACAGAUUACCAGUUCAGACCUAACUUGUGUGUGGCUAUGGUUGUGGUAAGUUCAGUUCGGUGUUUGUAGGUAGCAAGAUCGCCCCUAUUCUUACUAGUUCUCCUCAUGCAAUACAACAAUUGCGCUCCUUCCUUUACCAGUUCGCCUUAAAAAUCUUGUUAUAUUUGAAGGGGCAGACUGGUUGUGAUGGGGGCGAACUGGUAAAGGGGAACGUGGGAUUGGUCGAAACCUCCAUAAACUGUUACAUUCUUGUCGGUAUCACUACACCUCAACCUCUGACUUUGAGAUUUGUUCAGGGCUUAAUUUAUCCUUGCAAUUUUAGUCCAUCGUUGCAAAGAGGGUAACUCGAUGAGAAUUUAAAAAAAUUUUUUGCUAAAGCGUUAUGAUAUUUUCAUGAUUAAGAGGAAAUUCUUCGAACUAGCAAACAAGUGAAGGUAUUGUUACAUAGAGUUAACCCUUGGAUCUUGGCCCAAUUUGCUACGUGUUUCGCUGAUAUUUUAGGCUCCAGAGAUGUUUAACCCUGAGCAUGCGUGGAAAUGUCUAGACAUGGUGGAGGAUAUUCUCUUAGGUCCUCUGGGCAUGGCUACAUUGGAUCCCAGGUAACGUAAUCGCACAUCUGUGGAAAAAAUGUAAAAAAACGUAAUUAAAACUUUCGCACUCAGUAAAACACAAAAAGAGAAAAAGAGUAGAGGAGUAGAAAGGACAGAGUGUGAAGGGGGGGGGAGCGUAAGCAGUGGCGGAUCUCCCCCGCUUAUUUUGGGUAAAAAAAAAAGAAAUGCAGAAGGAAGAAAAGCCAGCAGGGCAACCGAUACAAAAGCGCCCUCCCCCCUCCCUUUAGCUCAAGGUCUGGAUCCGCCACUGGUAAGGAAGGGGAGAUGGUAGGCUUUGUUGUACCCAUCUGCAGGUGCCCCGCGUAUAAUUCACUGCAGUUGAUUGCCUAUAAGGUUAUCCUUGUUACUGUUUUUUUUUUUUAAUUUGAUACUAUUUCUUUCUGUUUCAGUGACUGGGCGUAUGAAGGAGUUUAUGACAACUCGCAAGACUCCACCUCAUACAAGAGUGCUAAGGGAUUCGCUUAUCACCAAGGCCCGGUGAGUCAGUCAAUAAUUUGAUAUUUGAAAGACGGGAUUAACUCUGUGACAUCGUGUUUUUGUAGCUGGUUGCUACUCCCCUCUCCUCCCCCCACUUAAGGAGGGUGUUAAAGGGAAAGUUACUAUAAUUUCGACACCUUAGUAGUGGGAAAAAGAAAAGGACGAAGAGACUAGGUCAUGAAAAAAAGUUAGGAAAUUUCUUUUUGGCUUGAGAGAACCAGUCCUGUUAAUUUUUUUGCUUCUUUUAUCGGGCUCCCAAAUAAGUGACGUGUUGAGUGAAAAAAUACCGUAUCGAAAUGAGAAGCUUAGAAUCGUAGAUUAGCAACUCUAAGAGAAGUUCAUUUCCCCCGAAGAGAGGCACCUGAAAGAAGAAGCGCCACAGAAUUGCGGCACUCAAAUAUAAGAACCAAGCAAGACUUAAACAAUUUGGUUUAUCGUUUUGAAAACAUGAUAUUACCCACAUCUGAGAGGGAAAUAUAAUCUUUGUAUCGUUAUUUUGUAGGAGUGGCUAUGGUGUACUGGCCCUUUCUUGAGAGCUCGGCUGUACUUCGCUAAAAAACUUCAUGGUCCAAAGGGACUGGAACUGGCAGUUGUGCGUGUAAAGAGCAUCCUGGCAAGACACAAGGUAGAGAUAACGAGCUCCCCCUGGCGUAGCCUACCAGAACUUACUAAUGCAGGGGGGGCUCCGUGUUAUGAUGGCUGUCCAGCACAGGCGUGGUCUGUCGGCUGCUUGUUGGAUGUGCUGUAUGAUAUGGAAAAGUUGGUCAAAGAUAAUUAAACUUAGUUUUUAUCAAUUAGUCUUUUUCUUCCCUAUCGUUGUUUUAAGUAACGCAACUUCUGUAACGUAACUCAAUGGUGGGUUUGCCACGCACGUUGUCGUCAUUAUCUGACGUGACUAUAAGUGGUCACGGAACGGGUUAGAUUGCGUGACUAUGAAACGGCAGCUUGCCUAGAAAAACUGGAAGGUUUAGGUAAAGUCGAAUAUCAUAGAGAUGUCCCUAGGUUAUUCCAAGUCAGAUUUCACUUAGGUAAGAUUUGCAAGUAAUGAUAAUGAUAAAUAUUUAGUUAAUGUUUUUUUGGUGUAGAACUGACAUUUGCUAACUCGUGAAUGUUUUAUUGUUUGUUUUCAACUUCAGAUUUCUUUUUUGCAUUAGUUUAGGAAAGACUUGGAGCUUUCAAAGUAGUUAGGUGCAAAACCUUUUUUAAUGGCUUAUUUAAGAUGGGAUGUAAUUUUUUUCUCCAGGCCUGAUCCUCCAAUCCUAACGAAAAAACACAAAUUACGAAACAAAAAUGAAUAUUAGUUUUAAUGAAAAAACAAGAUGUAAUAGUAUUUUUGUGAAAUCGUAUGUAUACUUCAUCAACCGAAGUGUAAUUCCUUCUUUGCCCAACCUGAGAUCUAUAUGCGGGCUCUACCAUUUUAACGGUGUGUAUUGGCGCAUGCGCUUGAGCCUGCGCAGUAGAAAAGCACUUAGAGGGGAUUACAUCAUGGGAAAUCAUAGUGUCUCCAAUGUAGCAUUAAGUUACAACAUUGAAAAAUUAGUGAUUUCGUAGAAAGGAACUAAUUGCUCAGAAUAUGAAAUUGGUUAUGCGUAUUUUAUGUAGAAUGUCGAAUUUUUUUUGCUAUAGUAUUAUUUAUGCAAGUUAUUUCGUUAGGGUUACUUUGCAUUUUAGGUGUAACAUGAGUUGUCUGUUCGUUCCACUGUAC